AUGGAUGCUUCGAAAAAAAUUCAUGUUAUUAACAACCAGCAACUAAAACAACUAGCUGAUUUACCUAAGCAUGAAAGCAGAUUAGCACUUGCCAAAGCGCUACAUAUGAAAGAAUUCGACGAAGAAGACGAUCUCAGAAGCUCUAUUAUUGCCGACUUUCACUAUAAUAACAUGAUCUACGCGGUCGAUAAAGGCCUUCCAUGGUCAAUAGUCAAUGUAUUUGUCAUGCUAGCGAAAGAUAUCCUAGAGCAAUCUGCCGGGAAAACGUUACCACAAAGUCUAACAAUUUUUAAACGAAAACUUUCCGAAAUCGCAAAUUGUUCUAAUAAAUUGAAUAUACAGCAUUUAAUUGAUCACAUGCUCCAAACGUACUAUCAACAUUAUCAAUUAUACCAGUAUGUUACUUCGGAAAAUCAGAAAGAAGAAAGAACUAAGCUUAAACUAGAUAUUGAACCCGUACUAUCCAAUCCUGUGGCUUUCAGUUCUGGUAUCCCAUUAGAGAAAUGGGAAUAUAACCGAGAUAUAUCCGCAAUUGAAAAAGCUGAACGUGAAAGAAGAGACAAAAGAACGGUCAAACGUAUUGUUGCUGAGAAGCAAACCACUAAAGAUGUUAAUCGGCCGUUUGAAAAGUAUGAAAGUAAUGAUGAAUGCUUAACGGAAGAAAACAUUGCUGACUUAAUUGCAGAAGCGGCCUCCGCUUAUGUUACAGCAUUCAAAGAUAGAUUGAUAGAAAAUAUUGAAGAAUCACGGGAAAAUCUAGAAUAUAGAUUAUCCAAAGCUGCCCGCGGUCCUCCACCAAAAUCAGCAAAAAUUUCCAAUGGAAGAGUGAUUAAAUUAGAUGCCCAUACCAAACAAUCUCUCCGUGUCAAAAUGUCAGUUAUUUAUUAA